ACCACUCCCAUUUCAAGCGGAGGAAAUUGAUGUUUUGAAGGACAUGGAAAAAAUUCUUACAGUAUUUGAAGAAGUUAGCAAAAGAAUAUCUGGUGGGAAAUAUGCUACGAUUUCGCUUAUAAAUCCCUUGACAGAUGUACUUAUUCGUAAAACGCAUACUAUUUCUUCGGAUGUGCACACUGAAGUUGGACAAAAAAUGGUCACUGUUUUAUUAGAUUCAAUCGUAAAACGUUUAUCGCCAUAUGAAAAAAAAAACUGCGACGAGAAUGGCGACAAUUUUAGAUCCCCGAUUUAAAAAGAUUGGGUUUCAACAUAUGUCAAAUGCCGAACAAGCUGCACAUUGUUUCGAAAACGAGUUGACGGCUUUAAUGAACAAAGAUAGUUCAAAUGACACAAAUGUGGAACCCAUCUCAACAAAUAAGGACCCGCUUUUCGACUACAUUGGGAACAAAGCCCGUUCCAUGGCUAGAAACACGCGAUCGGAUGCUAUCAUUGCGAAGAGGCAGUAUUUGGAAAGGCCCUUAAGCCAACAAGAUGUUGAUCCCUUAUUAUGGAUGAAAGUUAACCAGACGGACUUUCCUGCAAUAAAAACGUUGAUGUUAAAAUACUUUUGCAUUCCGGCCACUUCUGUCCAGUCAGAGCGGGUAUUCAGCAAGGCAGGGCAAAUAGUAUCAGACCGCAGAACACGUCUAAAGGAGGAGAAUGUGAACAUUUUGUUAUUUUUAAACCAAAAUCUUUCGCUUACUUCCUCGGAAACCACCGAAUAAGCGACGUAAAACAUAUAUAUGUACAUAUAAAUAAUUAAAAACAUUAAACUAUGUUUUUGAAAAAUUAAUUUUAGUUGUUUUAUGUAGGUCACUAUCGAGGCACUAUCGAUGGCACUAUCGAGGCACUAUCGAUGGUUUGGUAAAAAACUAUCGCCGCUAUCGAUGGUGCCGACUAUCGAUAGUU